AUGACGUCCGUUGCGUCAAUAACAAGCAUGGCCAUGACCGCGACCUCCGCGUCCAUGGCCUCCUCGGCGUCCGCAUCCGUGUCGCCCUCAGACGUGUCUUUAUACGGGAUGACGCCGAAUCUAGCAUUCAACACGGCCAUGGCCGCGAUCUUCGGCGUUUUGUUUCUCGCACAAGCCGCGCUCGGCGUUUGGACCCGCCAAUGGUGGUUUCUAGUGUCGUUUCUCAUCGCAUGCGCUCUGGAAGUCAUCGGGUAUGUCGGCCGGGCCCUCAGUCACAACGACAACACCGACAUGAACGACUAUCUCCUGCAGUUUAUCUGUCUCACAAUCGCACCGGUCUUCACAAUGGCCGGAAUCUACUACCAGCUGGGAAAACUGGUCGAGAUCUACGGCCAUGCUUUCGCACUAAUCAAAAACCCAAUGCUGUACUCGUACAUAUUCAUGGGAAGCGACCUGAUCUCGUUGGUGGUCCAAGCAAUCGGCGGUGGAAUGGCGGGCUCGGCUGCAGCAGAUUACAAAAACUCAGACACCGGUGACCACGUCUUCGUGGCCGGGCUGGCUUUCCAAGUGGCAUCGAUGUCAGUGUUCUUGCUACUAUGGUUCCAUUUGGCAUACCAGAUCUUCGUCAAAACCCGUAUGGAACACGCAGGCCUCAGCAAACUGCAGUGGUCGCUCAAGUCCAUCUCACAGCUAGAAGUGGACUACAAAUACCGUCCAAAAUUCGAAUUCCUGCGUAUUCACCCGCAACGGUGGGUUUUCACAUAUUUCCCCUGGGCUCUAACGUUUUCCGUGAUCUUCGUUUACAUCAGAUGCAUAUACAGAGUCGUUGAGCUUGCAGAAGGAUGGGGCGGAAACCUUAUCACUCACGAGGUCUACUUCGUCAUCCUGGACGCCCUUAUGAUGUCGCUAGCGACCACCAUCUUGACAGUUUUCUAUCCAGGGUUGGCAUUUAAAGGUCGCAGCGUCAAAAUCCCAAUCAAAUCGGCGUCUAACACCGAGGAUAUCAGUAACGGUGAUUCAACGGGUUCCAAUUACUCGUACGAGGGAUACCAGGACAAGGAAGAAGAGCAACGAGUUCCAUUGCCAAAGCCCAACUUUGAUUCUGCUUCGGCAGGUCCCUCGUCACAGGAGUCGCACGGAGUUUACGUAUGA